ACGGAGGAGUUCCGGGGGCCAGGCGGCCGCCGCGAGUCUGGUAUCCUUAGCUUCGUGAGUUGAGCGCUGCUGCUCCGCGGUGGAGUCACCGCACCGCUCCCAGGAUCAUGGUGUUCUACUUCACCAGCAGCAGCGAAACGGGGUUUCACCAUAUUGGCCAGGCUAGUCUCGAACUCCUUACCUCAAUUGAUCCACCCGCCUCGGCCUUCCAAAGUGCUAGGAUUAAAGGCGUGAAUCACCACGCUCAGCCAAAAGUUAAUUCAUCUGCCUACACUAUUUACAUGGGAAAAGAUAAAUAUGAAAAUGAAGAUCUGAUCAAGCAUGGCUGGCCUGAAGAUAUCUGGUUUCAUGUGGACAAACUCUCUUCGGCUCAUGUAUACCUUCGAUUACAUAAGGGAGAGAAUAUAGAAGACAUCCCAAAGGAAGUGCUGAUGGACUGUGCCCACCUUGUGAAGGCCAAUAGCAUUCAAGGCUGCAAGAUGAACAACGUUAAUGUGGUAUAUACGCCGUGGUCUAACCUGAAGAAAACAGCUGACAUGGAUGUGGGGCAGAUAGGCUUUCACAGGCAGAAGGAUGUAAAAAUUGUGACAGUGGAGAAGAAAGUAAAUGAGAUCCUGAACCGAUUAGAAAAGACCAAAGUCGAGCGGUUCCCAGACCUAGCAGCAGAGAAAGAAUGCAGAGAUCGUGAAGAGAGGAAUGAGAAAAAAGCCCAAAUUCAGGAAAUGAAAAAGAGAGAAAAAGAAGAAAUGAAGAAGAAGAGGGAAAUGGAUGAACUUAGGAGCUAUUCAUCACUAAUGAAAGUUGAAAAUAUGUCUUCAAAUCAGGAUGGCAAUGAUUCAGAUGAAUUCAUGUAAAAGGAGAAAAGGACCUUUGAAAGAUGUGAAUGUAGAGACAAUUGCAGACCUUUUGGUUUCAUCUGUGUUCUGAAGUAUAAAAUACAACCAAAAUUCUACCUUCAUCCUACCCAGAAAUUAUUGAUUUUCAAGUUUUAAAAAAAUUGUACCUUUUUUGCUGACAGAAAAGGAUCAGAUAUGUAUAAAAUAGUUGAACUUGACAGCAUAUAACUUAAAGUGAAAAUGUUUUUGCCAGAACAUGUCUUGGUACCUUGUGAAAGCAGGCUGCCCUUGUUCUGGAGAUAGACUUUAAAAUGAACCAGCUCUGAAAAGUACUUCUGCUGCUCUGGUCUGUCCCUGAAAACAGAUGUCUUGAAACACUUUUCAUAUUCUUAAAAUAAUCUUCACUUCUGUUAAGAAGAACAUGUUGGUGGGUAAUUAUGCGAAUGUUUCCCUGUCCCUGAUUUCUCGAUUAGGCGUAUGGGUUUUGAAAAAGAGAUUUUUCAGAAGAUUGUCAGCUUCAGUAUUCACGUUCCAUCAUGUCAUCUGGGUCUGUUAGUGUAGUGACCCUCAGCGCAGUCUGUCCCAGCGUUUACGUCCUUGCUUCCUCUGAGCAGAGGCCUCCAUCUUAGUAUCAACAUAUUUAAAGAAAUUGAUGGUGUUCAUCAAGCUGGGGCCUGUGGCAGUUGUUGCCUGAGCACCAAGUAACCCAAGCCACCUAUGUGACAACUUCUGGACCCAGGAGUAAUUUCUCAGCAUUGAGGGUAAAAUAGGAUGGAGUGCUCUGUUGAUCAUUUGGGAGAUGUAGGUUACUGAUUUGUGCCUUGGGAUGCAGCGUGAAGCAGAAGUCCAUAUUGCAAUUAUGAUUUUAGAAGGAACUAAGCAUUUUACUCACACCCACAGCAGCAAGAAUGACUUCCUGCAGCAGAUAUUCCACCUGUAAUAGCACUUUGGAACUGUGGGCAAAACCAAAAGGCUAGUGUUUCCAUUUAUUCCACGUUGGUGUAUGGGGUUGAACUGGAAAAUUCCCUGAGGCAAAACUCACUGGCCAAAUUUUGAGAGGGUAUAGAAAAUGACUUUAGAGAUGAGUGGUUUUGUGUAUGUGUCUGAUGAUAUUCAGUCUGAUGUUCCGCAAUUUUAAAAGUUAUAAUAAAAUAUCAUUUUUUUUAUCUGGAAGGACAUUGAUAUAUGAAUUCUUAGAAUUUGCUAUAAAAAGGGUAGCCCCCAUUCCACAAGCUGGUUUUGAGGGUGAUCUUGCUCUAAAAAACCUCAUUCAUCAUAGGCUCAGUCUGACAGGUUCUGUACGGGGGCUAUCAUGUUUCUCCUCCUCUGCUAAAUGCCUCUUUCUUCCAGCUGCUCACUGGGUCAAAGGGAUGUCCUUUCUCAGAUGUAUUCUUGAUACAUCUCAGAUGUAUUCUUGAUACAUCUCAGAUGUAUUCUUGAUACAUCUCAGAUGUAUUCUUGAGACAUCUCAGAUGUAUUCGUAGCUGUGCUCCUUCCAUAAUUCCAAGGAGUCCGGCUUCUACAGAAUUCCUCUGUACCUCACACUGCAACACAUGUAGAUAGCGCUUUUGAAGAAUACAUAUAUUUUUACUAUAGUAUGAGAGGUCCUGGGGCUCAAACUUUAAACAUUUCCUAACUCUCAGCUUACACUGGUUUAAAAUGUCCAGGUCUCUCUGCUGAAUUCUCUUGUUGAAUUCAUAGCUCUCCAACCUCCUCUGUGUUGAUUCCUAUGCCCCUACCCCGCAGCCUCUGUGUUUUAUUUUUUUCCCCAUCUCUGUUGGUCCCAGGGAAAGCAAGGAAAUUUUCUUUUGAGGACUUAUAGGUUGAUCGCCCACAGGUCAAACUGUUGGCAUUGAACUCCUCUCAUUUCUUGCCAUUGGAUUGUUUCCUAAACGUUGGAUAGGAGAAUUUGAAAUUGUUGCUAUUUUUAUGAGCUGUGCCCUUGAUCAAAUCUGUGCUGUGGGUCUGAGUCACUUUGCCAACGUCGUCUUCAGUUUCAACACUCUGAUCAGCAUGCAGGCGAGGGGCAUGUUUAAUUUACUUCACUAACUGCUAUAUUCUGUAGCUUUAGACUUCAUAUUUCUUAUCCACCUUUGUCUAGGCUCACGAUCUUUGGGCAAGGGAGCUUUGUCACCGUGGUUGGGCUAGAACAAAUAUUGAGAAGUUUACCAACACAGAUGUUGAGAAGUUUAUUGAAAGGCACUGACAUUAGCAGAAUAAGUGAUGGACAUUAGUUGAACCCCUUCAGUGUCUAUGUGUUUUGUUGUAUUGUCUUUAACUCGUUCUUGAAGCACAGAUUUCAGCGAGCCUUUCAGCUAUUCAGUGCCAGCGGUUUUCCCCACUCAGGAAAGAUGGUGUGAGCCAUACACACAGCAGGAUUAGACGGGGAGAGUUUCAGCUGCAGCUUCUAGUUUAAGACCAAAGCCCUUCCUCCCACUGCUGCAUCUGUCUGAGAAGGGAAGCUCUUGUUUUCCAAGCUGGAACUGUUUAUGAGGAAAACUGAGCAGGGUGGCAAAAUGGAAAAGGAACAAUUUUCUAGUUUUUCCUACCCGUGAUAUUGAGGCGUGCUUUUUCUUUGAUUUGAGGUACAGCAUGUAAAUAACAAAUUUCCAUAUUCAAAAUGAUCAUAUUAGAGUGACUGAGUGACCAUUUGAUUUUAAAGCAGACUAAAAUCUGACCAGACCACAAUGAAAAGUAUAAAAUUAGAAACUUAAAUUCCAAGCUAAAUUUCAGCUUUGACCCACCUAACUCCAGUGAAUAGGUGGCAGCUCAGAAACAAGGACAGCACUGCUGCUGCCAGAGCAAGCUCACAUCCAGCUGGCACUUCGUGAGAGCUCCUUCCUGUCGGGCACGUGUGAGUUCAGCGUGGGCAAGAGACUUUUAUGCACAUUCUGUCAUUCAAAAGGGAAAUGAUGCCAACCCCAGAUGCAGCAUGUCCUGAAUGAAUGAUCUGUAAAAUACAAUAAUAAAAGCUUAUAGUUUGAGUAGAA